CCCACUGUAUUCUAAUAUUUAUUUCUGUGGUUUGAAUGCAUUCUCUCUUCUGAGAAUUCACAAUGCCUAAUUGGUUUCAUUAGAGGUGUGAAUGCUCGUCUCCACCCAGAACAACCUGCGUGAGAGGGACUACGCCUUGUACAGGUGGACGUUUUCCAACUUGUAUGAGUCAUAUGGGAGUACAUGUGUGCAUAGUUUAACCCUAUUUUAUAACGAUUUCUUUUGAUUUCCUCCCAUCAAUCCAGAAUUAGGGAGAGGUUUGUUUUUGUUAUGUCACCCUGCCUCCAAUGCAGAACAGUCAGUGAUGCUGAAGCUUUAUGAGGUAUGCAUUUGGCCUGGUUAAACCAGUCGGUCCACUCUUCAAGUGUAUUACUUGCCGCUUGUGAGAAUACCAUAAACAGUGAGAAGAGAACAGAAGUAAGCACAGUGUCAUCCAGUGAAAACUUGUCUUCAGCAUGGCACAUUAUCACUGCUGACACAAGGAUUUAAAAACACACUGGAUACAAGGUUUGAGAUUUGGAGGCUUUUCUUCACUGUAAAUAUAUACUAGUGACAUGGCUCUUCGAAGAAGCCUCUCUGACAGCCUGCUACUUGAAGAUGACAAUGUAUCUGUAGAGGGUUUGGAAUAUACAGACCUGCACUUACAUGAAGAUGAUGAAAUUGUGGGUGCCAGUGGUCGGUUUGAACUACAGAGGAAUGAACAAAAGAAGAAUGAAGCUGUGGACAUUUUAAAGUUGAUUGAUAAUGACAAGGGGAUAACGAAGCAUGGUUUGAAAUCCAGCAAGAGCUUGGAAAGCCUGGAUAUCAAAGCUCCAAAUGAGGUGUGGAAAGAUUCAUAUGACAAGCUCUUCAAUGCUAAAGUCAAGAAAUACAUGAAAGGAAAUAAAACUGUUAAGGAAAACAGACAUGGCAUACACAAUGGGCCAGUGACAACCCAAACACUUGACCGCAAAAGCUGUCAAGUAAAUGUUUCGGCUUUACUUGAGAAUGCAGAUCGAAUGCGUCUCAAUCCAUAUGAAACAGAAUUUGACAAUCAAGUGGGGCCUUUCAUGGUCAAUUAUGAUUCCAAGGAUUCUACAGGUGAAUAUGACUCCGAAAUGUUAGUACAAGGAUCUGACCUGCUAAGAUCAGCAAAGAUCAAAACCAGUAUUUCAAGAGAUGUUCCAUUGCAUCAUUCCACAAAGAACCUGACCAGUGUUGAAAGGGAAAUCAACAUACAUGGUGGAACAUAUACAGAUCCAAAAAUAGAUGUUGGUAUUAAUGCACCAGAUUCAAAUCUUACACUGUCAAAUACCCAAGGAUCUCCUGUGAUGCACCUCACAAAAGGACAUUUUAAAGGCCCGAAAGCAGUGCUUAAUUCUUCUGAUAUGGAUAUGGAUGUUCCAUCGGUUAAUGCCAAGAAGCCAAAAUUUAAACUGCCAAAGUUUAGCCUCUCUGGAAACAAGAAUACAGACAUCAGUUAUGAUGGAAGUAUGAAGGGGUCAAAACUGGCAUACCCUGAAGUAGCUGCAGGUUUUAAUGGUUCUGAUAUUCAAAUUGAUGGACCAAAGGCUGAUUUCAAAGGUCUAAAAACAGACCUUCCAGACAUGGAAAUGUCAUCUGGAAAACUGAAAACGCCCACCUUCAGCAUGCCUAAUUUUGACCUGUCAGGACCCAAAAUAAAAACACCUGACUAUGAUCUGUCCACUCCCAAAUUUAAAACAGACUUUGAUUCACCAGACAUCAACAUCAGAGGUCAUAAGCCAGAUAUCACAGGACCUGACAUGGAUGUUGAUAUUCCUGCAGGUACAUUUAAAGGACCAAAUUUCAAGAAACCCAAUCUGACUCUGCCUCAAACUGAUGUGAAAGGCCCAAACCUAGAUAUCAAAUCACCUGAUAUUGAUGUUAAUGGUCCAUCAGGUAAAUUAAAUAUGCCAGAGUUGAAGAUGCCCAGUUUUGGCGUGUCAGGUUUAAAGGGGCCACAUAUGAAUAUGGAUGCUGACAUUGAUAAGCCAGACCUCAAUCUGAGUGCAUCAACUCCCAAGCUAAAUGCAGGGAUAAACAGUCCUGAUAUUGAUAUUCAUGGACCUAAUGUUGAUCUCAAAGGUCCGAAAACAGAUCUUACGCUUCCUGACAUGAACAUGCCAUCUGGUAAAAUGAAAGUUCCCACUUUCAAAAUGCCUGAUUUUGGUCUCUCAGGACCCAAAAUAAAGACUCCCGAAUAUGAUCUAAAAACCCCUGAAAUGGAUCUGUCAGCUCCAAAAUUUAAGGCAGACUUUGAUUCGCCAGAUAUCACAACCCCAGACUUGAAUGUUGAUAUCCCUAAAGGGAAAAUGAAAGGACUAAAUUUCAAGAAACCCCAUCUUGAUGUGAAUGCACCUGACCUUGACAUAAAUGCCCCAUCAGGUAAACUGAAGCUGCCAAAAUUUGGUAUCUCUGGUAGUAAGCCAAAAGGCCCAGAUCUUAAAUAUCAUAGACAAAAGCCCCCUGAUACCCCAACAUGGAUCCUGAAUAUUCCUCAAACUGAUCUUAAAAGGCCCGAACCUAGCCAAAAGUGA